AUUGGCUGCUCAAGCCACUCCAAAAAUGCCGUCCUUUCCCCCAUCUAACCUUACCUCUACCAAAAGAGAAUCCAUCUAUACGGUCAUUUGGCUCACAUCUCGAGAACCGCGACGAAAGUUUUUCAUUAUUUUUUCUUCUCCUUUUGCAAAGAGUGCGUGCGGACUGCACAAAUUUAUCAAACCCCAUCUUCAAAAUCAUUUCAAAUCGAUGAAAUCCGCAGGUUUUGGACUCCACCGGUAGCCCACCAACCAAACUAUGCUGUUUUCACGUGUUGCUUAAUCCGUAUCGCGCAAGUUGGGUACUCCAUCGCACCCGUAUCUGUUCGCCCCAUUUGUUUUUGUUCCAACGAAUGGCUCUGAUUGCUCCAGAAAACUAAGCUUUUAGGAGGGCUGCUCGAGCUUCUAGAAGUUACUUGUUCGGUCGAUUCUUCGUGGGUGUAGUGGAACCGUGAGAAGAUGUGGAAGAAUUGCUCUGGGUCUUGCUUCAAAUCUCGUUAGUUUUGUUCUUAAUUCUUCUUCUCCUUGUUUUUGCUUUUAUUUCAUGAGAGACCCCUUUUAGAUUUCACUGUCUAGUUCAAGCUUGUUUGCUUGCUUCUUUUUGGGGCGUUGAAUUUGAAGCCUGUGGGGUUGUGUUUCUGGAAAUAGAAUCAUGGGAAGAUUUAACUGAGUCCCUUUUGUCCCUUUGUUUUGUGGGUUCUGGAAUGGGUAUCAAGUAAUGUUGUGUUUGUUUGCUGUUGAGUUUGGUGCUUUUGAGCAAUGGGGAUAUAGGUGAUUGGUUUGGUUAGUGGAAGAACAGGAGAAAUUGGGAAGGAACUUGUAAGAUGUCUUCAAUGACAACAAAUAAGACUGUAUGUUCUAAGACCAGUGGCGACCGAUCAAAACAUGGAGCUCAUGUGGUUGCACAAACUUCAAUUGAUGCAAAGCUUCAAGUAGACUUUGAAGGUUCUGAAAGGUUGUUUGAUUACUCUGCGUCGGUUGAUGUCAACGUGGCAAGUUCGAGCAGCAAUGUUCAUGCCACCACUGUACAAUCAUACCUUCAGAACAUUCAGAGAGGAAGUCUAGUUCAACCAUUUGGUUGUAUGAUUGCUGUGGAUGGGGAAAACUUGUCUGUUCUUGCAUAUAGUGAAAAUGCCCCUGAGAUGUUGGACUUGGCCCCACAUGCUGUGCCGAACAUCGAGCAGCAAGAAGCUCUAACUUUUGGAACGGAUGUACGAACGCUUUUUCGUUCGCCAGGAGCUGCAGCGUUACAGAAAGCAGCUGAUUUUAAGGAAGUUAAUCUUCUUAAUCCUAUACUAAUCCAUUGUAAAACUUCUGGUAAACCGUUUUAUGCGAUUUUGCAUCGAGUAGACGUGGGAUUAAUUAUAGAUCUGGAACCAGUGAAUCCAGCUGAUGUGCCAGUGACUGCAGCUGGGGCAUUGAAAUCUUAUAAGUUAGCAGCUAAAGCCAUCCCAAAAUUGCAGUCCUUGCCGAGUGGGAAUAUAUCUCUUUUAUGUGAGGUAUUGGCUAAGGAGGUUAGCGAUUUGACAGGUUACGAUCGAGUAAUGGUGUAUAAAUUCCAUGAUGAUGAGCAUGGAGAAGUUGUAGCUGAGUGCUGUCGAUCGGACUUAGAACCAUAUCUUGGCUUGCACUACCCAGCUACUGACAUACCUCAAGCUUCAAGGUUCCUUUUUUUGAAGAAUAAAGUUAGGAUGAUUUGUGAUUGUUUGGCACCUCCAGUUAAGGUGCUUCAAGACAGGAGAUUGACUCAGCCAUUAAGUCUAUGUGGGUCUGCAUUGAGAGCUCCUCACGGUUGUCAUGCUCGGUAUAUGAUGAAUAUGGGCUCUAUUGCAUCUCUCGUGAUGUCUAUUACGAUCAAUGAGAGUGAUAGCGAAUCCGAGAAUGAUCAAGAAAAGGAUAGAAAGUUGUGGGGUUUAGUAGUUUGUCAUCACACAAGUCCUAGGUUUGUGCCAUUUCCUUUGAGAUAUGCUUGUGAAUUCUUGAUUCAAGUUUUUGGUAUACAGAUUAAUAAAGAAGUGGAGUUGCAAACUCAGUUGAAGGAGAAACAUAUAUUGCGAAUUCAAACCGUUCUUUGUGAUAUGCUGCUAAGAGAUACUCCGGUAGGAAUCGUUACCCAAUCUCCCAAUAUUAUGGAUCUUGUUAAGUGUGAUGGUGCUGCCUUAUAUUUCAGAAAGAAAUUUUGGUUAGUUGGAGUCACCCCCUCAGAGGCACAAAUUAGGAAUAUAGCUGAAUGGCUUCUCGAAGACCAUAGCGGAAGUGCAGGUUUAAGUACCGAUAGCCUAGUUGAAGCUGGUUUCUAUGGUGCUUCUGCUCUUGGUGAUGAGGUGUGUGGAAUGGCUGCUGUUAGGAUCACCUCUAAGGAUUUCCUUUUCUGGUUUCGGUCACAUAUGGCUAAAGAAAUCAGGUGGGGUGGUGCAAAACAUGACCCCGGUGACCAGGACGAUGGAAGGAAUAUGCAUCCGAGAUCAUCAUUCAAGGCUUUCCUGGAAGUGGUGAAGCGGCGUAGUCAACCUUGGGAAGAUGUGGAAAUGGACGCCAUCCAUUCGCUGCAAUUAAUAUUACGAGGUUCUUUACAAGAUGAAGAAGUUGAAGAAGAAUGCAAGGUGAUUACAAACGUCCCGUUAGUCGAUGAGAAGACACAACAGUUGGAUGAACUGCGUGUCAUCACAAACGAGAUGGUUCGCUUGAUCGAGACAGCUGCAGUGCCUAUCUUGGCUGUAGAUGUUUUCGGCAAGAUCAAUGGUUGGAACUCGAAAGCCACUGAGCUUACAGGAUUGGCUAUCCAGCAAGCCAUUGGCAUGCCCUUAGUUGAUUGUCUGGUGAAUGAUUCUAUUAAGGUGGUAAAGAAAAUGCUGUCCUUGGCCGUUCAAGGUAUUGAAGAGAAGAACAUCGAAAUCAAACUCAAAACGUUUGGAAUUUCGGGACACGAUGGUCCAGUGAUCUUAGAAGUUAAUUCGUGCUGUAGCCGAGACCUAAACAAUAAUGUUGUAGGAGUAUAUUUUAUAGGGCAGGAUGUUACAAAGAAGAAACUGAUAAUGAACCAAUACACGCAAAUCCAAGGCGAUUACACGGGGAUUAUGCGAAAUCCAUCUGCACUUAUUCCUCCGAUUUUCAUGACCGAUGACGAUGGCCGGUGCUUGGAAUGGAAUGAUGCAAUGGAAAAGUUAUCUGGUUUUAGGAGGGUAGAGAUGACAAAUAGGAUUCUUCUUGGGGAGGUUUUCACGCUCGAAAGCUUCGGCUGUCGUGUCAAAGACCAGACAUUGACCAAGCUUAGGAUACUACUGCAUAGAGUAAUUUCGGGCCAGGAUACGGAGAAAUUUUUGUUUAAGUUCUGUGAUCGUGAAGGAAAUUACGUUGAAACACUGCUCACUGCAAGCAGAAGGACUGAUUCAGAGGGUAAGAUCACCGGGGUCGUCUUCUUCUUGCACGUGGCUAGCUCGGAACUAAAAUAUGCCUUGGAGAUGCAACGGAUGUCAGAACAAGCUACAGCUGAUAAUCUCCAUAAGUUGGCAUAUCUACGCCAAGAAAUUCGAAAACCACUCGACGGAAUUACAUUUAUGCAGAAUCUAAUGGGUUCAUCGGAGUUGAACGAAGAGCAAAAGCGGCUACUUAAAUCGAACACUUUGAGUCUGGAACAAUUAUACAAGAUUGUACAUGAUACUGAUAUCCAGAGUAUUGAGGAGUGUUACAUAGAAACUAACUGUAGGGAAUUCAACCUUGGAGAUGUUCUUGACGUCGUAAUGAAUCAAACCACGAUUUUGAGCCGAGAGCGCCAGGUGAAGAUCAUCUGUGAAUCACCUGCUGAUGUAUCAUCUCUGCACUUAUAUGGAGAUAACAUGAGGCUACAGCAGGUGCUCUCUGAGUUCUUGACUAACACACUUCUCUUCACUUGCAAAGAAUCAUCCGUCAUCUUCCGAACAACUCCAAGGAAGGAGCGUAUCGGGAAGGGAAUCCACAUUCUUCAUCUUGAAUUCAGGAUCAUUCAUCCGGUUCCUGGAAUUCCUGCACACUUAAUCCAAGAGAUGUUUGAUGACAACAAUGAUAGCUCAAAGGAAGGUCUUGGCCUAUACAUCAGCCAGAAGCUUGUGAAGAUAAUGAAUGGCACUGUACAGUAUAUCCGAGAGGCCGAGACCUCGUCAUUCAUCAUCCUCAUAGAAUUCCCCUUGGUCGAGCAUAUUGCUUAAUAACGACGACAACGACGACAACUGUUCUACACUCACUGCCUGAUUUACUUGAAGAUGCCUUAACCAGAGAACGAGCCCUGACACUACUCGGUAUCAGGUCGAGAUUGUUUGAGAAUAUGAGUAGAGAUAUUAGGAGUGAUCUGAGAUUAUAAUAAACGUUGUUGCAGGGCGAGUAGUUUCAAGCUUCAAAGAAUCAAAAGAGUCGAAAGUUGUAAAGACACAACGUCUUUAUCGACCAUCUCUAGAACGUCACGAAUCCAAGAACUCUUUUGUAGUUCGUUCCCGAAGUCGUCGAUUUAGAAGUUUACAUCAGAAACUCCAAAAAUGCAGGUUUUAUGGGAUUGGGAAGCAAGCAGCUGGAAUAAUAAGUGAGUAAAAUAGAGUUGUAAACUUGUUUAUAAUGGAUGGGCAAAUACCCAUCAUCUCAUCUUCACUUGAAAUAAUAUGCAGUUUUUGUUCAUUCUCGUU